CAGCUUGAUUCCACACUGUAUUUUCGGUACAAGUAUGGAAUUUUCGGUAUCAGGUGGUGUUUAUUACUUUUUCGGGAUGAGGUUGCUAGCCAGCCUCAUGCCUAACCAACUCUUCCUCUUUACAAGUUGUCUUAUUACUGACUUAGCGAGGUUCUCUGGAGUGCGUCUGUUGCCGGGGAUUAAACCCCGGACGACAUAUGAGGUGAGCAUCACUAGCACUGUGUGUCACCAACGCACGCACCUACGCCUAACAUUCAUAUUAAAAUAUGCGAUAUAAAUGCGUAUUAUUUCUUCUCUUUGCCAAGUAAUCCACAACGCGAAUCUUACGGAAUCAUCUGAAGUAAAGACGGGAGUAAGACAAGCUGGCUGCCUACUAUCGCCAAU